AUGACACGAGAGCAAAGGGACAAAAGGGUUGACCGAUUCCUUGUGGAGCAAGCUAAAGCGAAACAAGCCGAACAGGAUGCAAAACAUGAGGAGUAUCUGUUGAAGCGGUUCACAAGAUCAACUAAGCAGGAGCAAUGCCUUGAAGCACAACUCUGUCACAUCAGAAAACAGAAGGAAGUCAUCAUCAAUCACCGGCUGUUCAGAGAGCAGCAGGUUCAGCAGAGGAGGGAAAAAGACUCCCAGGAAGCUGCGAAGAGGGCAGCGGUAAUAACUGAACAGGAAAAGAUGGCCCGUUCAGAGGAGAUCAAAUGGGAGCUUGACUUUUGUAAAAGGCUUGAUGCUGAUCGAGAUCAGGUCAUUUACCAGGAGCAUGCAGAGAGCUGCAAGCAAAUAGUGGAUCAGAUAGUGGAUUUGGCCACGAAGGUUGGAGAAUGCCGCUUCGUUUAUGGAAAUCCAGUUCCAGGGAAACAAAUGAAAGAAUGGAAGAAAGUGCUGUUCAGUGGCCUGCCUCUCUAUGAGCCUUCAGAUGUGGGGGUCCAAGAGCGGUCUAUGGACACAGAUUCUGUAGAGAUAAAGAAGAUGAACAUACUCAACGAGCUGGAUUAUGAUGAAUAUACUGCUCUGGGUGGGAGUGUAGAGGAGGAACAGUGCACAGACGAUUGGAUGAGUUUAGCUGUAGAUCCACAUCCUCCUGAACCCCCCCCACCACAACCCCCCGCUCUGGACCUGGCUCUGCUGCUCAACGUCUCUGAUGAGUGCUCCGUCAGCCGGGCGCUCCACUGGGCAUAUGCUGCAGACGGCAAGCCUGAUUACGUGUACAUGUCACAGAUUGCACAAAGGCUUUCUGACUUCAACGAAGCGUGGCCAAAACUUGAAGAGUGGUUUGAGGCAAAGCAGAAGAUUUUAGUUCGUGUCGAUGCGAAUGUGGAUGAGGAGGAGCUUUUUAAAUGCGUAGAGUCAAUUCUCCUGCAGAUGAGGAGAGCCCUUCCUGAAGCAGCCCAGCAGAGGGAAGUAGACACAAAGCUUCUGGAAAAAACACAGGAGAAGUCUUCAGUUGGAGGCAACAUUUGCAAAAAACCUCAUUCGGCAAAGAAAAAGAAAGGUGUUCCAUCACCACCUCCAGCAGCAAGUCCUGACCCACCUGAAGUCAAACCCACAGACGGGUCAAUGGAAGAAUACACUGCUGCUCUGCAUCAUGAGGAGGAAGGUGCAAAGAUGCGGAUUGCCUUGGUGAAGGGUCACGGCUUAAACUUGGUCAAUUUUGUUCAACAAAACACAGAGCAGACUCUCUGCUCUAUGGAAGAGUGGACAAAUGAGCAUUUUGAAAAUGAAAUGAAAAGCUGGAGUCCGUCUGUCAGCAGUUCAGACAUGUUGCUCCUCGAGUUACCGGAGAUUGUGGCUUCACUUAAAGAUAAACAAGGUCUAGUUAACUGGCGACGGUUUGUGUUGGGAUGUGCAUUGCCGUGGCCUUCACCCUCGAUAACACAGCUGCUGGACGCUCUGCAACAGUUCAAGGCUAGAGACGUUGAAAACACUGGACAUAUCAACGAGGAACAAUAUCUAAAGACACUGCUGUGGUUUCCACAAGAGACGGCUGUGGCAAUCCCAGAGGACCCUUCUACACCUUUACCUUAUAACCGUUUAUCUAGUCUGUUCAAGUUCUUCCUCCGGAUGUUUGCUGACCACUCCACCAGCCCACCGUGUCUCAACUACACUUCAAUGCUCCUGUAUCUCGCUGCCGAUCCAAACCCCAAGAAUGGUUUUGUCCGAGCGCUGAGUGUGGUGGUAGGACAGCAUCUCAAGCAGAUGUCAUCAACCCAACUUGUCAAGUCCAUGCCCAGUUUAGAUGAGGUUCCAGAGUUCUCAGAAGUGGAUGCAGAUUUCCAAAAAAUCUCCGAAAAAUCGUCUUCAAACUCUUUUUUGGGAAACCAGAAAGUCUCUAUUGCCGCUCUUCUCACAGUCUUGAACCAUGGCUGCAGCAUUGAGGACAGUCAAUCUGAAUACGCAAAGUUGGUUGGUGUGUACGAGGAACUGGGCUACAGGCCGGAAGAGUCCAUCUCUUUCUCCAUCCUUUCCACACAUGCAUUCAUACAACACCUCAUGGAAACAUCAAGACAGCACCAGCUUGUGAACAUUUACCACUUACUCACAAAUGGAAGAGAUUAG